AUUUGUAGUAAGUCCGAAUUUUUUAUAUCGAUCUAUCAAUUAUUACCAUUACAAUCGAUGAAUAUUGAUUUAUUGAUUGAUUUAUUAAUAAAACAUUUUCCAAAUUGGCGUAAAUCUAUUAAAGAAUUAUUAUGGUCAACAUAUCAUUUAAUUUAUUUAUUAUGUCAUCAACAAUUAAGAAAAUUAUUAACAAAUAUACAUAAAUGUAAUUUAUUAUCUAUUUUAUUUCAUAUAAUUAUUGAUAUCGAAUUAAAUCCUAAUGGAAUUCAACAUGAAAAUGCAUUGAAAUUAUUUGAAAAGACAAUGAUUUAUUCAUUAUUUGAAAAAUUUGAUCCAACUAUCUUGAAAACAAAUUUAGGCGUCUUAUUUCAUACCAUUGAACAAAAAGAUGGAAUGAUUGAUGAUAAGAAUUGGUUUAAACUUGAAUUGAUUAGUUGGUUAUUAAUCACACAUUUCAAUAGUAUAUGUAUAGAAAUCAAUGAUAAAUCAUUGAUAGAAUUAAAUUGGAAUUUAUUAUGUACAAUAUUUCGACAUGUACGUGAUUUAUUCUCUGAACAUAUCUUACCAGUUAAUAUAUAUAUGGUAGGUUAUCCAAUAAUUUGUUUUUAUAUAUGUAGUUUACGUGGUGGUAUAGUUAUAAAUUUUAUUGAUUUUUUAUGGAAUAUUGUGAAAGAUCAUCAACGAGAUCAAGAUAGUCGUCUUAUGGCAUUAUCCUAUUUAUGUUUUAUAUUAGUAAAUGGAAAAUUUUGUUUUAUUGAAUUAAUUAUUGAAAUAAUGCAUGAUAUCAGUACAUGGUGUAUUGAUUAUACUUAUCGAAAUCGUACAAUAUUAACAUAUUGUAAUUCAAUAUAUUUAUUAUCAGAACAUAAAGUGUAUUAUGCUAUAUGUAAUGUAUUAAUUUAUAUUUUUGUACAAUUACAUUCAGAAUUAUUAAAGGAUGAAUAUUUUCAAAAUUGUAAUCGUUUACCUAUAGCACAAAUUUGUAUAUCACCAUUGAAACCAUUAAUUCAUAUACCGAUAGAAUUACGUCAAAUAUUUUUUCAUAUUAUAUCAACUUAUCAAUUAAGUUGGUCUAUGAUUAGUUUAACACAAUCUAUACAUGAACAAGAUUAUUUCAAUAAUGAUAUUUCAUUAACAAUAGAAAUGAUUCAAUCUAUAAGACCAAAUAAAAUAAUUCAUAUACCAAAGAAUAAAUGUUUAUUAUCACUUUCAUUAUCAAUGAUUAAUUGUUUAUUUCGUAGUAUUAAUUUAGGAAAAUGUUUAAUGAAUCAACAAAUGGAUCAUUCUGAAGAUCAUUCUAAAUCUAGUCCAAGUUUAUCAAUAUCAUUAUCUUUUCAUAAAAAACGUAAAAUAGAAUCAAAUAGUGAAGAAAAUAUCACUAUUAAUGAAUGUAUUUCAAAAGUUACUAAAGAAUCAGAAUAGAUCAUUUGCAAUAUUUUGGAAUAGAUCUUGUAUAUAUUUCAAUCUUUGCUAUUUUUCUAUUGUUUAUUCUAUUUGUACAUAUUCAGUAGUUAAUUUUGAAAUUCUAAUAAACGUUUAAUCAAGUUUC